CCCUCGCUCUUUGUGAUGCUUUCGGAGUGUGAGCAGAGGAGGCGAGUAGGCUAGCGUGCAAGUGUCUCCUGCGUGCUGUAGACGCGCGUGUCUCACCGCAUUGGCUUCCAUCUAUGUGCAAACGCGCUCACAGCAGGCAAAGCCGACACAUUGAAGCCAGCGCUUCCUCUCGGACUGGCAGGCAAAUCGCAUCGCAAGCCACCCCAGCCCUCCUCUCCCCCCCUCCCUUUCUCUCUCUCUCUCUCUCUCUCUCUCUCUAUCCCUCUCCCUCGCUCCUUCCCUCUGUCUCUCUCUCUCCCUGUCUCUCUCUUUAUAUCUCCCACCCGCUCAGCGCGUGCCCCCCCUUCGUACCGACACCUUCGGCAGAGGAAGCGAAAAGCCCCUUCACUGCCCAGCCCAGGGAUACCAGCUGAAAGAAUGAAGCUCUGACACUGCGUGGGACUGGAGGGACACUCAAGCACAACUAACCACGCACAGAAUCAGAGACAUGCUGUGCCUGUGAGUGUGGCCACAGACACCAACAGAGAGCUCCCCAGCGACUGCCGGUGGCAGAGAACCAGAGAGUCAGCGAACGGGCUCCCAGGAGAGGACAGCAUCCCCAGCUAUCACCAGGCUCCUGCUGCAAGGUCGAUCAGACAGAGUGACCACCAGCACUCCGGCCUCACAUCACCCCACUGGGUCAGCAAUACCUGUGGCAGCAGUGAGUGAACCCAGUCAGCACGGUCAGCUGUACAUGGAGACCCCCAGCUGGGCAGAAACCAAACCAGGAAACGGGUUGUGCAAAUCUGGAACCAUCGUAGUGUACAGUGGUCUUCUGAACGAUCACUUCUGGCAUUUUGGGGUGCCCCUCGUCACAAGACUGGGUAACCAAGAGGCCACAGCCCCGCCAGAAGCGAUGGCCCAGCCGUACCCACCUGCCCAGUACCCCCCUCCACCUCAGAAUGGGAUCCCAGCGGAGUUUGCGGCGCCACACCCCCACCCGACACAGGACUACACGGGCCAGAGCACAGUGCCGGACCACGCAAUGACCAUCUACACACCAACACAGACACACAGCGAACCUCCAGGCACUGACAGCAGCACACCCUCCCUCACAGGCACGACGACAGUACCGCAGGCAGACGAGGUGGCGCAGACGGAGGGAUCCCAGCAGCUCCAACUCCAGCCCUCAGACUCCUCAGAGAAGCAGCAGCCCAAGCGGUUACACGUCUCCAACAUCCCCUUCCGCUUCCGGGACCCCGACUUGCGGCAAAUGUUUGGGCAAUUUGGGAAGAUUUUAGAUGUGGAGAUAAUUUUUAAUGAGCGGGGUUCCAAGGGCUUCGGGUUCGUAACUUUUGAAACAAGCGCGGAUGCCGACCGCGCACGGGAGAAACUAAACGGUACAAUCGUAGAGGGACGCAAAAUAGAGGUAAACAAUGCAACAGCGAGAGUAAUGACAAACAAAAAAGUGGCAAAUCCAUACACAAAUGGGUGGAAGCUGAAUCCAGUGGUGGGAGCUGUCUAUGGUCCUGAAUUUUAUGCAGUAACCGGCUUCCCCUACCCAACUGCAGGGGCUGCGGUGGCCUACAGGGGAGCACACUUGAGAGGAAGGGGUCGCGCCGUCUACAACACGUUCCGUGCUGCCCCGCCUCCGCCGCCCAUCCCAGCCUACGGCGCAGUGGUUUACCAGGACGGAUUUUAUGGUGCAGAAAUUUAUGGGGGCUACGCAGCGUACAGAUAUGCCCAGCCCGCCGCAGCAGCUGCAGCUGCCUACAGUGACAGCUAUGGCAGAGUCUAUGCAACGGCAGAUCCCUAUCACCACACGAUUGGACCUGCUGCCACAUAUAGCGUGGGUACCAUGGCUAGCCUAUACAGAGGAGGGUACAGUCGCUUCACUCCCUACUAAAGAGAGAGAAACUUUACCACAACAAACAAACAAACAAACAAACAAACACCUCCUUCUUCGUGGAAAACUAAAUCAAACACAAAGCUUCCAGGUCGCAAUGCUGACCCUCUCCCAACACCCUCUCAAGCUGAUGUUAUAUUUGAAGAGUACUCUAUUACUAUCUCACUCUGUAAUUAUUUUAUAGAAUGUUAUGCUUUGUUUGUUUUUAUUAAUGUAUUCAUUUGUAUGCAAUGUGUACCCUGGCCUGUAUUUCUGUUUAGGGAGGUGGGAUGGGAGGGAGCACCGAAAAAGGGGGUUGACGAGGGACGUUGACACGGGGGGCUGGACGUCACAUGAGCUUUCUCCUUUUGUAAGAUCACAAUGAUUGCAAAAGGAAAAGAAGGAAGAUAACUAAUUAUUUCAUUGCAGACAGAGGUUAUCAGUUUCAAGACAAGCACACACCAUCAUUGAGAAAAGGACAAAAAGAAACUUGUCAGCCUCAUUUUAAUCACUUGGGUUUUCGAAGUUUACAGAUGCAACGUGGGCGGUGCGGCCUACAUAAAUUGAGUGCUGCGUCACGCGUUUGCCCUUGCUUCCCAAAACAGCUUGGCUAACUAGUUCUUUGCACCGGCAUGAUGAGGCCAACAAUGGGAGUAGACAGAGGUAGCUGAUAACGACACCACUGGUGAAGAUGAGCGGUUCAAUCCUAAGAUCGGUAUUCGUUACACAAGCAACGAGGUCAGAGCUGCGGUGCUUGGUAGCCCACAGUGAGAAGAGCUCGCCGUGCCGCACCAUCAGUCCCGUACAGGACGCCACGCACGGCCUAGGCCAGGAGGGCGUCUCUGCACCUCAGGGAGGUACGGAGCCUCUCUCAGGUCUUCGUGUCCCUCUCCGCUGGCUGAGCGGGGUCAGUGCGACUCGCCCACAUCUCGGUGCCCUGCCCACCUGAGCAUGUUCAUUAGGAUCGCGUCCAUGUCGCCGCAGUAAGGGCCUACGAAGCAGGAGUGGUGGCUAGCUGGGCGGCUGCACUUAUAUAAGGCUCUUGCAUUUAAGAAAGACGGUGCGGCGUGACAUAAUGGAACGCAGGCGUCAUUGCUCUCUGAUGAAGGGGAUGCAGUGAUGCUUCAGUGGAAGCAGUGAUCUGUAGGACUAAUGUGAUGGUACUAGCCAUCCAGGGAAAGUACCAGGGAAACGAAUGUAUCCCAUUACCACUGGCUGGUUUUAAGGGCUUGAUAUAUCUCUUGAUGUAUCUCUGUAUCUUUUUGCAGUAGUAGGUAGUACUACUCAGAUUUAUAUGUCAAUAGCCAAAGUCUGUAUGAAGUUGAAAUGCUGGACAAGUUUGCUCCUCAUUAAGUGAAUGUACGCUCAUUUAAUGGCUUAAGUACCGCAAACCCUAAUAACUACCACUGCUCUACAUUAGCUUCAUGAUUCACUGAAACAAAAAAAAAAAAAAAAAAAUCUGCUGAAUGUUAUUACCUCAGGGUAAGAGGGAAAAUGGUUAAAAUGGAGUGAAUUUGCAAUAACCAUUAGAAAGAUACAAGACUUCCUUAAGAAAGGAACGUGAAGGGCAGCAGCUAGAAAACUCCUGUUGCAAGAAUCACUUGAUCUUUAUCCAGUCGCAUCCAUCACCACACUCACGCCAAAGGAAUCGCAUCAGAGAUAGACAGCAUUUAGGUGCCAUCCCGCCCAAUCUCUCCCCACAGAAAAUCUGAUGACGCGGUGGAAAAAAAAAUGAUCAGGAAACAUGGUGCUCUGGACACAAUUUUCCCUCCUUUUCUCUUUCCUUCUGCAUUUCAACAGCUGAAAAGCGCUUCGGAGAGCUUCUGCUCCCAAACUCUAGGCGAGAUGGACUGUCUCUGAGACAUUCCCUCAAGGUGACACACCGCCCUCUAGACACACAUACGCACCCCAGCCGGUUUUUAACGGAUCCAGCGGGAGCUGAAACUAAUGACCCUCAGAGGGGAAGUGAAAUAGGGCCCCUCGAUUCAGAGCCGCUCAGGACGUUGAUCAUGUCCCCUCGUGGAGGGGCGCUCGCUUACACGCUGCACAGUAAAUAGCCGCCCAGCUUCAAAUGGAAUUGUAAGGGGGGAGUUAUAGGAGAGGAAGAAAGAGCUCUGUAGAAGACCAGCUUCCAAGGCAAUUUACUUCACAGAUUAAAGAUAACACCAUUCAGUCAAUAACCACUGAUCUCAUUUGAAGAUACACUAGACUAACUCGGCACAUAGUACAGCUGGCUCAGUCUAUUACCAUAGUUGUUGUGGCUGUUGCUCCAGACGUAAUAUUCUCUCCAUGUGUUUCAAAUGAGAAGCUGGCCAUUGUGAAAUAUGGAUUGGAUAAACUGCUUUUUUUUUUUUUUUCCCCCUUCUUGUCCCUUCGAAGGAAAAAUACAGUGCAAAAUAUUUAACCUUACACGUUCUGCCGCAGACAGCAGCAUCCGUUAAGCAGUCUGCUCCUUGCCGCGUGCGUCCGUUAGACGGCGGGCGUUUCCGAACAGCACUUUCCCUUUCUGUACGUUGUGGCGUAUUUGCGAGCUGACCGGAAUGAAUCAGGUGUCGUGUAGUUAUUGUGACUCCGCCACAGCCGUUUUGCUGGAGUCGCAACCCAGUCGCACUCUACAGGUGCUCCUAGUCUUCCGCAUUCGGUCAGCUUUCCGGGAUUUACAUGACAGACUGUUGCUCUGUACAUCACCCGCGCCCACUUGCUCUCGAAGCACACGCACACCCGCACCCACCCCCCGCACGUGCACGGUUUUGUGAGGAUCCGAACCAACAGGGGAGUUCUCUGCAAAAGGGGCUACUUUGAUUCGGAAGUUUCUGGGACCAAUUGUAAAUGAUGGUGUGUUUUGCCUCCACCUGCCCCAGACUCAGAAUCGGUGAAAGCGCUCCAUCUGUUUUAGGGCGAGAGGGCCGACGGAUAUGUGUGCGGCCCCGCAGAAGUCAUGUGACAGCUGCCGUCAGAGGCAUCACUGGUGACUCGGUUCUGGAAAGGCCAGCGCCACGUCCGUUCACCCUCUGUAGGUGUCCCUUAGGAAGCCGCUCCCCCAGGACGAUUCACCGCUCUGCUCACCGUUCAUCACCACACGAUUCCGCAUAUUGAGUACUCUUAUUAAUUAAUUAGCGAUACAAGUAAAUACAGGCAGCUUUUACAGUAGAAAUGUGCAUAAGCGAGAUAAAUGUUUUACGUAUGGGUGUUUUUAUGUAUUGUACCAUUAGUCUUUUUGAAUUUGCUUUGGUUUUGCUUUUUAUUAGGUGGAGUUAUCGCAGUUCCUUCAACGACCAAAUUAAAGCUUUUUCUACAGUGGUGCAAAGUGCAGUACAAAACUUGAAAAUAUUUCCAGGACAAAAAUGAACAUUCGCAACCUCUAAAACCAGCUGUUAAGUGGGAAUGGAAUACAAGCUGUGUCUCAAGCUUUUAUCAGUUCAUGUAAAUAGCAUUCAGUUGUCUUAAAAGAGUUGUCAUUCUAUUGUUUUCUGUCUUCUGUUCCUUGGCACUUUACAUAUUAAGUUUUGAAGUUCCUUUGAUUUUUACAAGGUGUUAUAUUUAUAGAGCUAAGGCAAAAUACCAGUAUGUGCGUACUAUAGUAUAAGGUGUUAAGAACAUAGUAUUUAUUAGCUUAUUUAAAUGAUUCCAGUAUUAUUAUCAUUAGAUUAAAAAACGUGUAGUACAAAAAUCUAGAAGAUAAAAUCUUCCUCCUUUUAUAUACUGAUAUUGAAGACUUAGAGUUACAUCAUGGAAACGUUUUUAUAUUAUUAAGAAAAAGGCUUUAAACCACAUUGUUUAUACCUUUUUUGAAGGGGAGAGAUAGGUGGCAUCUUUGUAUGUGUUUCUGAUCAAAAAAUUCUGUGGUGUGUUGUCAAGCUAUAUUAUUGUAUGUAUACACUGUGUCUAAAUAACCAAUAGGAAUUAAAGCUGCUCUCUGACUAUAAAGGAGUUUUAUUUGUUGUUCCAUUUAAAGUGUCGCACACAAUUUUAAAUGACUUCCCCCUGUGUCCUCUUUACGACGACACUAAAACACAGACGAGACCGAGUGGAGGCUGAGCAAAUAUCGGAGCGCACAAUCCAGCAGGGGAUAUCCUGAGAAAUAAAUAAACCGCGUCUGGCUCCGUUUUCUCACUUUGAUUUGCAUCCACAUUCUUAUUUUAAAUUAGCGAGCAAAAGUGAAUGUUUUGUCCGUGCGAAACCACAAAGGGCUGAAAUAAAUCUACGCACAAGCAUGGGAGGAGAAAGGAAGGGUUGCCCUUUACGCCACGUUUUCUCUUCACUUAAGUGACAUUGGAUUCAGUGGCAUUUGCGUAACCAGGAACAGUUUCAAUCCUUUCAGAUACUCUUCUGAAAUAAAUUCAUCUUCAUUGCAACAGAAUCAGUUAUUUUCUGUAACCAGCAAGUAAUUGCAUUAGAACGAUUAUCAUUAUUCUCCCAGUUGUAUGUUUUAGCUGGAGUAUGUUUGAAGGAAACACUCAAUUAGUCUGAAUUAUCCGCGUAUAUUCUGGCUUAAAAAACAAAUUUUUAUGAAAGUGAAGGAAGAGGGAGAGACUGUACGCAUCCAAAUGAAUCUUGAAGCUUGCCAACUGAUGUGAUGAAACCCCUUGUCCUGCAUGGAUGCACCUUUGAGCCAUUAAAUGAUUGCCAGUUUAAUUGGCUCUGUUAAUGCCGUCAUUUGUAAGAUGGCUCCGUGGGCCCGGCUCCAGUACAAAAUGGUGGCAGGCUGGCUCUCCUUUUCCCACUCUUUUCUUUGAUAGUUUACGGUUUUUUUUCCCCUCAGAAGACAGUGUUCCGUGAUUCACCGGCCCUCGGUUCAACAACCCAGAUAGGAUAGCUCUAUAGGGAGCAGUAGUGUAUAUUUUGGUAUUGUCAAGGGGUACAUAUAUACUGAUCCUUGUGCAAAGUUUUUAAGGUGACUGCAGCAUUAGAAGAAUUAGUCUUGAAAUGUUCAGAUGACCUCGGUUGCUGCUCUAAAGUACUUUGCUACGCCUCUGUAAGGGCAUAUAGAUAAAGUACUCUAUGUCCUUAGAAUGAGAUCACUGCAGCAAAUGGAAGAGGAGCUUUGAAUUACUGUGCUGACCAGAGCCCGGAGAUUCGGAGCGUUGACCUGCGCUGGGCUUUGUAGGGGGAACGAGGUACUUUCUCAGCAGACUAAAGGAUACCCCAAAGGUGCUCGCUCUGCCUUCGGUGUCAGGGCCUCCUGUGUUGCCGUCAGGACCGUGAAGUGGGAGAAUACGGCCGCACAAACAGUCCAUCAGCCUUGCUGGUGUCCAGCAAGAUGAGAUCCUGUAAUGAAGUCUUCCCGUCCUGAGCCGUCAGAUUUCAUUAUGGCCGUGGACCGCGAAUGCAGAGCUGCAGGCCUUCAGCGCUCACACGGCCCUUGUUCUUGAGGCAGGAUCAGAAUAAGGCAACGAUAAAAAAGGAAAACAAGCAGGGGAAAAAAUACAAGCAGGUAAAGUGCGUAUCUGUGUAACCGUGGGUCGAACCUCACUGUUGUUGAAGAGUUUCAACCCAUACAAACUGCAUGAAUUUUGUUGAGUCAGAGUGCUCAGCUGGAAUUGUUUAAAUUUGCAGGGAGGAUUACAGCAAAAAACUUUAAAAUGAGCCUCACAGAAUUGUAUAUUGAUUCCCCGAUUUAAAAUUGUUCAAUCCACGAUCAUUUGAAAACGCCCGAGGCUUUGUUUCAGGACAGUGUGGAAUGUGGAGUCAUUUACAAUUGUGUCUUCCCCCCUACUUGACAUUUUUGAUAUUCUCCAUUGUUGCAUUUUAUUUGUUAAAGAAUUUGUAUAAAAACAAAAAGGAAGCAAAAAACUUAUAUAUACUGUUAAUGUA